AAAAUCCACUUCUCUUAGAGUCAGAGUGAGGACAACAUCUGCACAUCUCUAACACAGCAGACAUGUCUGAAGAAAGCCUCACAGACACAGAUGGGUUUUUCAGUAGGUCUUCUAAAGGUCCUCUAGAGGUCUACAAUAUGAAGAAUGUAAGAAGAGGCCUCGCCCUCAUCUUUAACUACGAGGAGUUUGAUCCUGACCUGAAGAUGAAUCCAAGGUUUGGAAGUGAGACUGACUGCAAGAACUUGAAAAGAAGUCUGAAAGGUCUUGGAUUUGAAGUGAAUGUCUUCACAAAUUUAAGACAAGAGGUACUUAAAGAGACAAUAAGUAAAACUGCAAAGGAUGAUCAUUCUAAUGCCGACUGCUUACUAGUUGUCUUUAUGAGCCACGGUCAUGGUGGUCAUGUUUAUACCUACGAUGGUGAACUUGCCAUUAAGGACAUUACAGACAAGUUCAGAGGAACCAAGUGCAAAAGCCUUGCGGGGAAACCCAAAAUCUUCAUAUUUCAGGCUUGUCGCGGAUCUGAGCAUGAUCAACCUGUUGAUUCCGCGAACACUGAAGUCAAUAUUAUUGAGGCUGGCUCCAUAAACACCUUCCCUGCUGGAUCUGAUUUCAUCAUGUGUUAUUCAGUGGCUAAAGGUUUUUUUUCCUUCCGAAGCACGGUGAAUGGCUCCUGGUACAUCCAGGACCUGUGUAAGCUGCUUGAGAAGUAUGGAGAUUCCCUUGAAUUCACACAAUUACUGACCCUAGUCAACAGAGAUGUGGCUACGAGGGAUGGUAGGAUGCGUAUAAACCAUGAUUAUGUUAAAACAAAGCAAAUGCCUUGCUUUGCUUCAAUGCUCACCAAGAAUCUGUACUUCCACCCAAAAAAGUAAGAGUUUCCUCAGCCACUAAAUAGAUUGAUUUGAUGAUUCCUUAGUAAAUUGGGUGUGCUACAAAAGAUUUAUAAGAUUUCUGCUGGUUUGCUAUUCUUUUACUAGGUGAUUAUCUGUUUGUAUUAGCAUUGAUUGAUCAUCCAUAUUUAUCAGAUCCACACCUAAAUUGUAAACUGUGAUCCUUCAAUAACAUAGUAUUACUGUGGUGAUGAUGAGACAUGACACACAAACAUCAUAACAUUUCGUGUGAACACGUAGUUACUGUUUGCUGACGAUAUCACUGGGAUUUUUACUAUUAAUCCAUCCAUUUUCUACCGCCUUAAAUGCAGGGUCAGGGGCGAGAGGCCGGGUACACCCUGGACAGGUCGCCAGUCCAUCGCAGGGCAACACACACAGACAGACAACCAUUUAUACACACACUCACACCUAAAGGCAAUCUAGAGUGACCUAAUGCAUGUAUUGGACUGUUGGAGAACCUUGAGAGAACCAUGCAAACUCCACACAGAAAGGCUCUUGUACAUGUAGCUGUGAGGUGACAGUGCUACCCACUGCACCACCGUGCUGCCCGGGAUUUUUACCAGCCAAGUUAUAAUUCUUCAUAAACUAUAAAAUUUACUGUCAAAUUCAAACUUUUAAUACUAGAAAGUGACUAAUGUGGUGUCUACAUACAUAAAACCUACUGUAUCAAUGUGUAGUUUACAGUAUACUGUAGGUUUUAUUUUUCUAAUUUUGUAAUCUGUAUGUGUAACAAACAGAAAGUCAAACCAGGCUAAGCCAGUUCUUCAUAUGCUAAGUGUGCAAAUGUCUUUCCUUUUGGCAAAAACUUAUUCAGUUAUCGCCUUUAUGUCAUUUUUUAUGUUUAUGGCCACUGGCGCUGUUUGAGCGUUUUUAGGAGUCAUACCUUUUGUGGGUUUUGUUUGUGAGUGUGUUCAAUAAAGAUAUAAUUAAAGACAAAAUAAGAACUGGGGAUUUCACUUUGCUCUGGUGACACAUUUUUGGUCUUUCAUUUGUUUUUGGCCUUUUGGGUUGGGUUAGGGUUCGGGUCUGUUUUUCUGACCAUCACAUUUACCAUCUGACCCCCCCUUACUUCACAUAGGAACUAUCCUAAAGAAAAAACUAGAGGUUUAGAAAUAUAUAGAAGUAAAAAAAAAGUAAAAGCUAAUAAAAAAUAGUAAAAUAUAGUUCAGGUAAAAAUAAUAAUAGAAAUUUAAAUAUAUAAUAUAAAAGCUAAAAUCUAAUAAAAGUUAAUAAAAUAUUUGUUAAAACUUUAUAAAAUAAAUUUACUUACGUUUAAGUAAAAUAAUAAAAUUAAAUUCUAUAAAAAAUGAGUAAAAUAUGAAGACUAUUUGCAGCCCUCAGGUCUUUAGGUAGGCUGUUCCAUAGACGGGGACCAUACUGCUGGAAAGAUGCUUCAUUGUGUGUUUUAGUGAUUAGUACAGUGCUAC